GGUUGGAACAUGACCUCAUGCAGUUGGAGCAGUUACAUAUAAGACGCGUUGAAGUUGUGUCUCAUCAGAAGUUGAGUUGACUGUUUGGGGAGUUCAGCUGUGAACAAGGAGGACUAACACGGUAACAAAGCACCGACAACAUGGUGAUGCUUCGAGUGGAAGAUCUGGUAACUGGAAAGCAGAGCGAGGCCAAGCCUAAGGAGGAUGAGACUGGUCGGCGUCUGCUGCACGACCAAUUUGGAACAGGAGAAUAUUCUGCUGCUGUGGCUAUCGAGAAACAGGAUGACAUCAAAACCCAGACUGGGAUUCUUUCCUGCAGACCUCUCAGCGAGCCCCCAAAGAAAAUACAACCGCAAUCCCAGAAUAAAAAAACAACGCCAGUGGAACAGAAACUAAAGCUUGAAACUAUAGACGAUCUUCAAUUCUUGAUUAAACUGAAAAAGAAGAAGAGAGCUAAAGUUGCUGUGAAUACUUUAAAAGAACCGGAACCAGAAAUUAUAACUGAACCUGUAGAUAUCGAAUCGUUUCUGAAGGCUGCAGUUGACAAUAAACUACCUGUGAUUGAGAAAUACCUGGCGGAUGGUGGCGAUCCAAAUGUUUGUGACCAGUUUAACAGGACCGCAAUGCACCGAGCGUGUUCAGAGGGACACGAAGAGGUUGUAUCCAAACUCCUGGAAGUCGGAGCCUUAGUUGAAUUUCGAGACAAGCUUUGUGCAACUGCAAUUCAUUGGGCAUCUCGUGGAGGCAGCUUGGGCGCUCUGAAAAUGUUGUUAAACAAGAAUGCAAAUGUAAAUGCCAAAGACAAGUUAUGGAGUACUCCUUUACAUGUUGCUGUCAGAACUGGAAAUUAUGAGUGUGCUGAACACCUUAUCGCAUGCGGAGUAGAUUUGAAUGCCAGAGAUAUGGAGGGGGACACAGCCAUGCAUGACGCCGUCAGACUGAACCGUUACAGAAUGAUGAAGCUUUUAAUGAUUUAUGGAGCCAACCCGAAUUUAAAAAACUUUGAUGGGAAGACACCGAUUGAUCUUGUACUGCAGUGGCAAACUGGUACAAAGGAAAUACUUGAACAAUUCGUGGAAAGCUCACUCAAAUCAAACUAACAUUUCCUGCAACAGCAAAGAGAAAAUAAUCAAUCACCAAAGGAUGCCAGGCGCGUUCUCCUGAUGUAACAAUUUGUAAGAACAUUGACACUGGCACAGCAUGUGUGCUUCAUUAGAAUUUUCUUCAAAACUGAGAUGUGAAAAUGUAAUAAUGUAUUGCAAUCGCUUGGAUUAAUGGCUUUUUUAAGCAACAUAAUGAAAAGG